UUUACUUGGUACUUUCUUUUUACUUCUGUCUAAAAUGGAAAGUCAAGAAAACGAAAUGGUAUCUGCGAGUGAACAAGAAAUAUACUCUUCGAAAUGCACAAAGUUUGAUCCCAUUUGGGUACAAGUCUUAAUAAAUUUGAGAAUGAAGCAUUCGAAGAUGUUCACUAGGCGCAGAAAUUCUGCUUCGGAAGGCUGGAAGUUGGUCUUCGAAGAAUUAAAAGAAACUGGAGCCCCUCAAUAUGUAACACUCACCAAGAUAAAAAAGAAAUGGAUGAAUUUAAUGACACGAUAUAGGCAAAUCAAAAAUACAACGUUAAACCCUGAAACUAUCACAUGGCCUUACUAUGAACAAAUGGAUAGAGCCUUCGGAAGAGAAGUCGAAACGGACUCUGAUGGCAAAGUAGUUGAUUCGUCGUUGAAUCAAUCGAUCAGCAAUGAUGAAAGACAAAGUUUUAUGAAAAAACUGAUAGAACUGAGGUGUACUCUUAGGCAUUUGUUUACCGGAAGAAAAUAUACUGCUAGGGAUGGAUGGUUAAUUAUUCAAUCUCUUUUACAAUGUCAAGGAAAAUACUCUAUUGACCAAUUAAGUAAGUGCUGGCAAAACUUGGUACAGCGCUAUAAACAACUCGCCAAAAAUGAGACAAAGGAAAAUAUAACUUGGCCUUAUUUUGAUUACAUGAACAAAUGGUUUAAAGAAAACGAAGUGCAAGACUUAAAACUGGAAAUGGAUAUAGACGAAAGUGUUUUGGAGGGUGAAGAAAAGGACGAAAGCAAAGAUGAAGAAAAUAUCAACCAGAGUAGCUUUAUGUCAUUAAAAAAUUGUUUAUCUGCUGAUAGAAUAAAAAUACAGUUGCUGACGGAAAUAAAAUCCAAUCAAGAGAAAAAUCAUCAAAUUGUAAUGGACGGUUUAAAGGAUAUAACUAAUCUCCUUCGAUCACAAACUAACCAAUUCAACAAUAACGAAGUAAUAAAUACAAAUCGUUCUGAAGAUGAAUGUUCAAACUCCUAACUUAAAAAUAGAAUAAUAAUAAAUCAUAAAUAUUUAAAUUUUUUACAAUAUGUUUUAUUUUUCAUUUAAGAUUAAGA